AUGGUUAAUUGCUUUGCGUCUCUCGGGCUAGUAAGCCUCCAUGUUGGUGCCACUCUCGCUGCGCGUCAGCCAUGGAACGGGACAGCUGAAAACUCCGUCGAUGCCUACUGGAGAGCAACAGAAGCCGGCAUCGAAUGCAUUGAAACUGAUAUGCGCCUCUCCAAGGAUUACUUCAUUCCGAUGGUCCACGAUAGCGGCUUAGGUCGUGUGACCGACGUCGGCGAGCAAGCUGGGAAAGAAGCUUAUAACCCUUAUACUGGAAAGGGCUACGAUCCCAAAAACGCUGCCGGUGUACCUGCCAACAAGUGGUGCAAUUUACAAGCUGCAAGCAAUACAUCACAAUGGUACAAAACACCUGAAGAGUUUGAGGCUCUUGCAUGGGUGCAAGAUGCAUUUUUAAACGGUAUUCAACUUGCCUUCAUUCCUGUCUAUGAUCCAUCUAUGCAAAAAGGAAUGGAUACUCUUGCCUCACUGAAAGCAUUCUCGCAGACCAACUACACUAUCAGCGCCGAAAUCGAACUACGAUCGACAGAUGGCGUACUCCAGGACCUUGUCGAUUACGUCAAGAGCAGCCAGUCCACCAACAUUAACGUCAAAACUACAGGUACCUUGUACGCUCCUGGCGACAUUUUUGCCCCAGAAUCCAUAGAUGUCGACAGAGCAAACUAUACUUUCCCUGAUAACGAGCACCGCAACAACUCGGUUUACACAUUCAAAGAUAAUAAAGCCCCGCGUCUGAUGGACAGCCUGCUGGGUAAAGGUGUCUCAGUUGAUGGGCACGACUACCGAUCUGACUUUAACUGGAUCAUGGAGCAAGGUUACAACUGGAUCAUCGCCGAUACACCUGAUCUAUGGGCUAAGAGGCUGGAGAAGCAGGGAAAGAGGAAUAUUACUUGGAUGCUGGCGGAUGGAAUGAGAGCGGCGAAUAAGACAUUGGCAGGUGGAUGGUAUAAGAGGGAUGAUGAAUGUUCACAAAACUAG